AUGUGACAGAAGAGAAGGAAGCGGUGCUGCAACAGCAGCACCAGCAGCUGAAGAGAAGGCGCGGACAUGGGUACCCUUAAGGGGCAGGAACAUCAGCCUGCACAGGAGGUUGAAACUCGAGAGGAUGAAGAACAAAAUAUCAAGUUAAGUGAAAUUUUAGAACUCUUAGUUGCUGCUGGAUACUUCAGGGCAAGAAUUAAAGGCCUGUCUCCUUUUGAUAAGGUGGUUGGUGGCAUGACUUGGUGUAUCACAACCUGCAACUUUGACAUUGAUGUUGACUUGUUAUUUCAGGAAAACUCAACAAUUGGUCAAAAAAUUGCCUUAACAGAGAAAAUUGUAUCAGUUUUACCUAGAAUGAAAUGCCCUCACCGCUUGGAGCCACAUCAAAUACAGGGAUUGGAUUUCAUUCACAUCUUUCCUGUUAUACAGUGGCUUGUAAAACGUGCAAUAGAAACCCGGGAAGAAAUGGGAGAUUACAUCCGGUCAUAUUCCAUAUCUCAGUUUCAAAAGAUACACAGUUUACCAGAGGAUGAUGAAUUCAUGCAAAGAAAAGAAAAAGCUAUAAAAACUGUUAAUGAGAUCAGUGACGUGUACAAGCCACGGAGGAAGUAUCAAAGACGAGUGGAAGCAGAUAAAUUACUAGAUGAGGAUUCCAAAGUUCAUGCUACCCUUCUGGAAUAUGGCAGGAGGUAUGGGUUCAGCAAGCAAGGAAAAAUUGAGAAGCCUGAAGACAAGAAAGUUGUACUGCCAGCUGGGCUUGCAUCAUCAGGAAAAAAUGAUGCUUAUACUGAGGAUGACUUUCAAGCUGCUGAAGAGCUUCGCAUCAAAACAUUGAUGACUGAGAUGGCUGCAAUGGGGACAGAAAAGGGCAGAUUGACUGCAAGCACCGUAGGCCAGAUAGUUGGACUUCAGUCUGAUGAAAUCAAGCAGAUUGUAUCAGAAUAUGCUGAAAAGCAAUCAGAACUUUCUUCCGAAGAACGCCCAGAGAGACUUGGAGCUGCCCAGCAGCAUAAAAGGAAGGUGGCGUCCUUAAACAAACAGAUUUUACAGAAAACCAAACACUUGGAUGAGUUGAAGACUAAAUGUGCUGCUCUACAGGCAGGAUGUGAUGAGGCUAAAAAGACGCUAAAUGAGGUUAAAUCAUAUAGUGAAAAAUUAGAUAAGGAGUUGGCAACUUUGGAAGUGGUGGAAUCCCAAGCAGAUGCAAAUGUAUUACAGAAACUCCGAGCGCUGGUGGCAAUGAAUGAGAAUCUUAAAGGUCAAGAACAAGAAUUUAAAGCACAUUGUAGAGAAGAGAUGGCACGCCUCCAACAAAACAUUGAAAAUUUGAAAGCAGAAGCAGCUGAAAGUGGAGAGGAAAGGGAACCUACUAAAAUUAUAGACCAACAAUACAAAAUGGAGAAAGAGAAACUCCAGAAGAUCAGACUUCUUCUGGCCCGCCGAAAUAGGGAAAUAGCUAUUUUGCAACGUAAGAUUGAUGAGGUGCCCAGCAGAGCUGAGUUGACACAGUACCAGAAGAGAUUUAUUGAACUGUAUGGUCAAGUAUCAGCAACGCACAAAGAAACAAAGCAGUUUUUUACCCUCUACAACACACUGGAUGAUAAAAAAGUGUAUUUGGAAAAAGAGGUUAAUUUGCUUAAUUCCGUUCAUGAUAACUUCCAGCAAGCCAUGGCUUCCCCUAGUGCUCGAGACCAAUUCCUGCGACAAAUGGAACAGAUUGUAGAAGGAAUUAAACAGAAUCGAAUGAAGUUGGAGAGAAAAAAACAAGAAAACAAAAUGAGAAGGGACCAGUUAAAUGAUGAAUAUUUGGAACUGCUAGAGAAGCAGAGACUUUACUUCAAAACAGUCAAAGAAUUUAAAGAGGAAUGCCGUAAAAAUGAAAUGCUUUUGUCGAAGCUGAAGGCCAGGGGUCCCUGAAGAACUUCAGGCAGAAAUUUUUUGUUUUGCUGUGAUCAAGUUCAUUAUUUCUUAAACAUUUUUCAGUAUUAUUCAAAAAUGUUAUCUGAUUUUAUCUUUGCACUAGUUAAAAUUUCAGUUGCAAUAUGCACAUCAUGUUUGAAGCAGAGAAUAAAUCAGUAAUAUGUAAAAUAAAACCUUCUAACUUCUUUGGCCAACUUAUCAUAUUGAACUUGGAUUUACAGUGCUCUGUUUUGCCCUCUUGUGUGCAUAAGAAGCAAAACUGAACCUGGACAUAAUCCACAUGGAAAGUAAUGAUCAAAAAGGAAUAUGAAAGUCCAAGCAUCUGUUACCAUAUAUGCAUAUAUGUUUCCUUCAUAAAGUGGUAGUCUGGUCCCUUUUUGAGUCUGUGAGUCUCAAGCAAGAACAAUUUUACUUAGCCCAAAUUAUAGCAUUCAACUUUCAUUCAGUUGACAUGUGCAAUAAAUAUCCUGAAUCCAAAAUGCCCUAUAAGUAAGUAGAGGGCACUUUUGGUGUUAUACUGGGGAAAUGAUGAGGUCCUACUGUGGGGGAAUCAUUUGCACCUUCAGACACACACAUAUGUACACAUCCUCACUGUGCAAUUAGGAUUUAAUAUUCCUAUAUUGUCAUCUGCCUUUCAACAUUGGAAUUUUGUUUUAAACAGUGUCCAUCGAUAAUAACGGAAACUGGUUUUGGACAAUGCAAGUUAUUUGAAGAUGGGAAAUUGUUUUGAUCAACUUGUUUCAAUAGGGAAGGGAAGUCAAAAGAUAGGGAAUAGGGAGGAAGGAUUUUGGCACAUAUUCUACCCCCAAGUCUGGUUUCCUUUUGUCUGUCUUCCGUAUUUCAUCUGUGUUUCAACCCAUCUGACUUAAAUUCUGUGCAAUGCUUCUUGUAGCAUUGUGGAAAGUCAUAUAACCGUGAAGUUGCUUUUGAAAGCUGGCAAGGAUCUUAAGAUUUUUAAAAUGUAUUUAUUUACUAAGCAAAUGUAUAUUACUGCUCAUCUACUGGGAAGAAUUCUGGGCAAUAGGGAAAAAAGUUCAAACUGCAUUUACAGUACUAUAGGCAAAACAUUCUACCACAGUCUGUAUUAUCUGUAUUCUUCAGUGAGAAAACUAAUAAAAAUGAAGUCUCAUUCAAAUUGA